AUGGAAGAAUAUCCUGUACAAGCCGGAACUGUACAUGCCCAUAAGGUGGUUGAAAUGCUUGACUGGUUGUUGAGAACUUUUGGACGUGAUCGAUCAAAUCCGAAUUCAAAGAACUUUGGUUAUCGCCUUCAGAGAAUUCAUUUUCAGUGCUUGACCUAUCAGAUGGUGGUAAGCUCUGGCAAUGAUUGGUCAAACCUGGCCGCUGGACUUGCCGCAUCUUCUCGGCUAGCAGGAAGGAUGGCUUGCAACCUGGUCAAUCAAGCACGACUUGAGACCGAUAUGCUGGAAGUCAGGACAGCUCCAUCAUUUAUCCUUGAUAAGAAACUUGGAAAGAUGUACAACUUCCAUGCUCACAAGUAAGU